AGAAGCCCCCCCGGCGUCUGGCCCCACAAGUAGUGACCGCCUCGACAGAUUCGGAGCUCUCUUCACACUCACUGCCCCUUCGCGCUCUUCGCACUUCGCGGUGUCCGUGCCAACACGCCCUCCAACCUCCACCGGCCAACUCCCGCCAACCAGACAACCAUGGCCGUGUCCGUGCUGCCCGCGCUGACGUUGCUGCUGGGCGCCGCGCUGCUGGCGCACGCCGCGCCGCGGCCCCAGGACGCCACCACCAACAACAUCGUGCGGGACUCGGUGACCGAGGACGACGGCGAGAGCUUCGUCGCCGGCCUCAUCCUGGCCGUGGCCCGCGACUGGGACGAGGGCCGCCAGGACGCCACCGAGUUCAUCCGGGCGGUGCCCGCCGUCACGGUGAACGGCACGACCUUCGGCCCCACGACCCACCCCAUCAACGAGUCGGGCCCCAUCAGCUUCUCGGCGCCGUCCACCAGGUGAAGGAGCGCACCGCGCACAGAGCGACAAGCGCGACAAAGAUGCAGCGACGCGACGACGCCACUGCACUCGGGGUUCCCCCGCGGAAAACAACCCGCAGGCCGCCAGGCCGCAGGGACUCGAUGUGGAAUAACGACUGCAGACUGAUUCCGAGAGUCGCUUUCGUCACGCCGUCUCCCUCGCUCCCAAACGGGACGACCCACGAGUGCGAGAGAGACAGAGCGACGGAGUCCUUCUCUGCAGUUCACGCAUUGCAUCAGCCUGUGACUCCCGCUAGACGCGCGAGGCGUGUAUCUUUUAUUUAUUCAAAACGUAGGUCUGUAGGUUUUGAUAAGACUUAUCGUACAAAGUAAGGACAAAUUGUGAUAUUGGCUAAGGCUGAGGUAGGAUUAAUUAAGGAGACCUCUCCACUGCCAUGAGAAUGAGUGAGUCAGUGUGUGAGUGAGCGAAUGAAUGAUUGAAUGAAGAGGCGACGUGUUCAUUCCAAUGAGCACGGAUUUGAGUUGUAUCGUCCAUCGUCAAAAUCGAAAUAAAUCACUUUGACAAAGAAUGCUUGGGUUCUUAAAGUAUGUAUUAUAUAUAUACACAUUACAAAAUUGCAGUCUAUGUACAAACUAUGACUAUACCUUAGCAUAACUCAGUUCGUCGACACUUCUAUUAUUUAAUAGUAUUCAAAAGACUAAUGUUGAGUAUCAUGAAAAUGGAAUGUUAAAUAAAAACCACGAUUCAAUGUUAA